AUGGUUGAAGCGGAUCGCCCGGGGAAGCUUUUCAUCGGCGGGCUCGACCCUGAAACCGACGAGAAAGCCCUCGAGGCCGCGUUUGGCAAGUAUGGCCGCAUCGUCGAGGUGCUCUUGGUGAAAGACCGAGAAACCACCAAGUCGAGGGGCUUCGCGUUCAUCACCUUCGAAAGCCCAGCAAACGCCAAGGCCGCCGCCAGAGACAUGAACGGCAAGUCCUUGGAUGGUAAGACCAUCAAGGUGGCCCAGGCCACCAAACCGGCGUUUGAGAGCGGCCGGCGGGGCCCGCCGCCGCCCGGUGGAAUGCGCGGGCGGGCUCCGGCCGCGCGUGGGAGAGACGGCUUUGUGGGCCCGCCGCGCCGGGAGCCGGCGCCCCCUCGCCGGGACCCCUACCUGGGCCCCCGGGAGGAGGGCUACUCACCCCGAGAUGGCUACUCGAGCCGAGACUACCCGAGCGCCCGCGACCCCAGGGAUUUCGCGCCCUCGCCGAGAGAGUACAUCUACCGCGAUUACGGCCACUCCAUUCCCCGGGACGACUGUCCGUCGAGAGGCUACAGUGACCGAGACGGCUACGGGGGUCGCGACCGUGACUACGCGGAUCAUCCGAGUGGAAGCUCCUACCGAGACAUCUUCGAGAGCUACGGGGACCCGCGCGGCGUUGCCCCCGUGCGGGGCCCGCCGCCAUCUUACGGCGGAGGCGGCCGCUACGACGAGUACCGCAGCUGCUCCCCCGACGCCUACGGCGGCGGCCGCGACAAUUACACCAGUGGCCGGAGCGACCGCUAUUCCAGGGGCCGCGAACGGGUAGGCAGACCGGAUCGCGGGCUCCCCCCGUCCAUGGAAAGGGGGUGUCCUCCUCCUCGUGAUUCCUACAGCAGGUCGGGCCGGAGGGCGCCCCGGGGCGGAGGCCGUCUUGGAAGCCGCCCGGAGAGAGGGGGAGGCCGGAGCAGAUACUAA